AUGUUGAUGUUUUUUUGUUGUUGUUGCUGUAACCGGCAGGUGAUGUGCCCUUCAGGCGGAAAGUACCAGCCCCGGAGCUCCCUCUACGUGGGCGGAGCCAGCCAGAAGGACUGGGGCGUCAUCACACGCCUCAGUAAGUGUGACGUGGCGCUGCAGGGAUUCGUGGACACGCUCUACCUUAGCGGCGUUGGCUUCACAUACAAGAUGGCCACGCUGCUGGAUAAAAAUGGACACAUCAAUACCUUGGGGUACAGCUUAGCGGGAGUCUGACAACCAGUCGGUGAGCGAGCUGAGCCUGCAGCCUGGCCCCACUUCUGAGGGCGUUUACGCAUGCGUGCUCAACCGGGACGGCAUCCUGUCUGUACUGCACGUCUUCCUCCUCUUCCGCUACGGCAGGGGCACCAAAGGAGCUGAAGAGUCCAGGGCCGAGUGGGUGGGCUUAAUCCUUGUGGUCCUCCUGCUCCUCCUGUGUUUCUGCCCCUGUCUCGUCUACUACUGCACCAAGAAAUUUGUCAACGAAAAGGUUCUGAGAAAACCAGCAGACGACGAUGAGAGCGAUGACAGCGACGAUAUCGGGGGAGAGAAAGGUGGUGACGAAACAGAGAAAGAUGACGACGAAACGGAAAAAGAUGACGAUGAAACUGAAAAAGAAGAAGAGGACGCCCCUCUUUUGUCCAGUCCAGCAGAGAGAAGUUCAAAAGACAGAGCGUCUCAGCCUGGAGAAAGAAUAAGGAAGAGUGCCAGAGAGUCUCACCACACGGAUACCACACCAACAGAGAGACAUUCAAAAGCCAGAUCAUCAUGGAAAGAUACCACACCAACAGAGAGACAUUCAAAAGCCAGAUCGUCAAGGAAAGAUACCACUCCAACAGAGAGACAUUCAAAAGCCAGAUGGUCACACGGUGGAGAAGCAGUAAGGAAAGAGUCUAAAUCAAAAAGGAGAAGUUCAAAAGGCAAAGCGUCGAAGUCUGGAGAAGGGCGGAGGAAGAGUUCUAGACAUUCUCGUCGUGGGACAGAAGAUUCGCUGGAGAUGAUAUGGGAAGGCACGGCGUCGCAGUUCAGUGAAGGAAUGAGAGAUGCUCGGCUGUCUCUGUCUGCGGCCAAUAAUGAGUACACACAAGAAAGAGGCAGCGGAUCAGGGGUCCUGUAUGAUGAAGGAGGGCGUUUCUAUAAGCCAUCCCCACUUGAGUCGCUCUCGGAAGUACACAGUUUCAUGGCUCGGGCGCUCGACGACGACCAGACGCCAGAAACUAGGUCGACAAGCCUCUCAUCACGACAAACGUCAUCCAACAGACAAUCAAGUGAGAGUUUUGCCCAGCAGAUUAAGAUAUCAGUACCGCCAGGGACCAAAAGCAGCAGCAAUAAGAAAUCCGAGACGUCUGACGGCUGUGAUCCUUGUAUUUCCGCUACGCUUUGCCAGGAUGUAGCGGAGCGAGAGCACGCACAGUGCGCUGACAGCACAUUACCACCCAUUGACCUGUUUAGUAACACUUGCUUCACUAACAGCUUGAUACGAUCCAUGAGACAGGCACAAUGUACCAGUAAUAAUAAUAUUAACAACGGGGAGCCAGAGCAGAACGCUGGAAAUUUUGACAGCAACAAAGGCUCGACCACUCAAACUAUCAAUAGCAAAUCGUCUUCCAAGGCAGACUACGCCGUGACUGAUGCCCUCUCCUCGCGAUUCCUGUAUUAUUCAGAACCAUCACCUCCAGCAAGCACGUGUUCAGACGACUUCAUCGCCAUAGCGAAUAGACAGACUAGCAACAAUGUCUAUGAAGCAUCCGGUAAAGUUACAGAGUCCCCCCCAAGCUGCACGGAUCAAUGGAGUGUGCUACCCGACAUCCAAAAGCACCAUGGGAUUACUACAGCUAAGCGGCAGUCCUGUGCGUAUGCCUAUAAAAUCCGCUCCUCGAAAUGUUGCAUUCGUAUCGAAAUAGACGAGCUACAGACAUGCCAAGGUUAUCAAGGGAAAAUAGAGAAAGAGCUGUCGGACGACUGGCGGCCGGUGAGUCAGUGGAACAGGUGUCCCAGGUUUUUGGUGUCCACCCUAGCACCAUUCAUCACCUUCGGAACCGAUUACAAGCGACGGCGACCACGGCAGAUCGACCAAGAAGCGAAGACCAAGGAUUACAACUCCGGCCCAUGA